AUGAUUCCACUCCUCCCAAGUUUUCUUCUUUUUUCUUACCUUCGCUACUACUUAUCUAUAUUGUUAUUUUUCUCUUCCUCCCCACUUUUCUUUAUUUCUUCGUCCCUUCUCUCAAUUAAUCUUCCUCCGUCUUGUGCUUCUUUCUCUCUCAUCUUUUCGUCCAGCUUCUUUACAUUUUUUUUUUUUUUUUUUUUUCUUUAUGCUUUUUUUCAUUAUUUAUUUCUUCUUUUCUUUCUCAUCUGCUUUUUUUGGAUUGUUUUCCCACUUUCUUCUUUUCGUUCUUUCGUUCAUCUAUUUUUUUUAUUUAUUUUAUGGUUCUUUCUUUCGUUUUUUUUUCUUUUCUCUUCUUUCCUUCAUUUUUUUCAUUCAUGCUUCUCUUUUUGUCUUCUGUUCUUAUUUCCUUCUUUUCUUCACUUUUAUUACUUUACUCUUUAUUUCUUCCUUAAUUUUAUCUUUCUUUUAUCUAUAUCCCUUCUUCCCUCAUUCCUGCUUUUCAACCUUCCUUCCUUCAAUACUUUGCCAGGAUUCCUUCCUUCCUUCCUUCCUUUGCUACUCGUUUCGCUUUUCCUAGGUUGCUUUAUUCGUUCUUAUAUUCCUUCCUUCCUUCCUUCCUUCCUUCCUUCCUUCCUUCCUUCCUUCCCCAUUCUCACCGUUUUUGCUUCUUGUUCUUCAACUGUCAGACGAUGA